CAAGCGGAAGCGGUGCGUCGGUGUGAGCUCGCCUACGCCGGAAGUAGGCCGCACUUCCAUUGUCGGUCCCCGGCCUGCAGUCUUCAUGGUGGGCCCGCUCGGCGGCGGAGGCGGCGGCGGCGGCUUGGAGAACGCCAACCCCCUGGUUUACCGGCGCCAGGGCGAGCGGCCCACCACAGCGCGCGAGCAGGAUGAGGGGCUGCCCGACGCCAUCGACGACCGCGAGAUCUUCGAUCUCAUCCGCGGCAUCCACGACCCGGAGCACCCGCUGACCCUGGAGGAGCUGAACGUGGUGGAGCAGCUCCGCGUGCAGGUGAGCGACGCCGGGAGCGCCGUGUCGGUGGAGUUCACGCCCACCAUCCCGCACUGCAGCAUGGCCACCCUCAUCGGCCUCUCCAUCAAGGUGAAGCUGAUCCGGUCCCUCCCGGAGAGGUUCAAGGUGAGCGGCCGGAGGGACCUCGGAAGCUCCGCUCCCACCCAGAGGCUCUUCCUCCUGGGAACCUCGGGCGCCCUUUGGAUAGCCAGCCGCUCGCUGGUUCAUUCAGAAAGCUCAGCUUUACCGCCGGUUUUCCUGCCUCAUGUUUGCUGUCAAACUCUAAAUCAACCGUUGAGACCGGGGUCGCCAACCUUUUGAACCUCAGGGACCACCAAACUCAUAAUU